CCACCCUCAGUGCUGGCUCCAUUUGUAGCGUGGAAAUGAACGAACUGUGAAACAUUACUGAAUCUCGCGUGAUUCAUGCAUCAACCAGCUCCAUCAGCUCUCUCUGGCUUGUGCCGAGUCACCGACUGUCUUUAUCUCAGUAACGUGAGAGCAGCUAAUGAUCCCUCCCAGGUGACUGGCAGUGGGAUAACCUGCAUCAUCAACGUUACUGAGAAAAAGAGCAGCAGCACUCCCCCUCCAGGGGUGGAGUACAUCCACAUUCCGGUCUCUGACACCCCGGGGUCUCGUCUCAGCGAUCACUUUGACGAGGUGGCAGAUAAAGUCCAGAUCACUGCGGAGCGCAGCGGCCGCACGCUGCUGCACUGCAACGCCGGCGUGAGCCGCUCCGCCGCCCUGUGCAUGGCUUAUCUAAUGAAGCACCGCGGCGUGACUCUCCUGGAGGCCCACGGCUGGGUGAGGACCUGUCGUCCGGUUGCGAGGCCGAAUAAUGGGUUCUGGAAGCAGCUCGUCCAGUAUGAGAAGGAGCUUCGUGGUUGCAACUCUGUCCACAUGGUGUCCUCUUCCAUGGGAGAGAUACCUGACAUUUAUGAAGAGGAGGCCAGGAAUAUGAUGCCACUAUGAAGAAAAAAAAACAAAAGCACUUCUUUGUGUGUGGUGGGAAACUGGGACAUUAUUUCACAAUGGUGUGGAUUGGCACUAACUAUAAAAUUCUGUGUAGUCAUGAAAGGAAGCAUAAAAAGAAUUAAUGUGUUUCCCUCCGGGCGCCCAUUAUAGUGGGUGGUGGUAGAAAGUAACAGUAAUCUACUGUACUGGACCCCCACCUCUUUCCCCCUCUUUUUUUUCUGGUUAAGCAAGAUUUUUGAAGCUGUUUUCAGACAUGAAACUGCAUCAUUCUGUAAAGUGCUCACACAUCCAGGAGGAGAAACAUUUACCAGAGCACUUUAAGUGAAGGGGAGUUUGGUGUGUGGUGAGCUCCUGUUUGAUGUGACUAAAUCCAACUCACCUAAACUCUUUCAUGCUGUAACUUAUUUGGGAAGCUACCAGCCCCAUGAGGUUUACCCAAAAUGCAGUGACUCAUCAGAAAAUCAGCUAAAAUAUCCAGGCCCCGGGUCGUCGUGACGCUGAAGGCCGUUGAGAAGUCCA